AUGACGCAAAAUACAAGCCAAGGGACUCAAAAGUCCAUCUUUCAACAAAAAGACCUCGAGAAAUCUCACGACAUCCUCACCUGCACCAUCAAAGAACCACCCUUCUCAUACGUUCACCUUGAGCUCGUCUCAGACAGAAGCGGCGCCGUCACACUCGACAACCUACAAGUAAAGAGCUACUGCACAGCAGCGCUCCGUCAACUACUCGGACUUACGGGAGCAGCCAUUUCUCUGGAUAUCCUUAAGGUUGAGGGUAGUCAUGCAUGGGUUCGUGUGCCGCGACCAGACCUAGGCUCCUUCUCAGCUGCCAUCACAGCCUGGAGAGGCACAAGCGACGAUGGAGCUGAGGUGAGCCUUCAAGUACGGCAGUGCGCCGACUGGCUCGGUGCCAUGGUGGGAGCCGACGGGCAAGACCGGUUAUGGAAUGCUUGA